GCAUCGCGGUCGCGAUGACGUAAGCGGCGCAGGCGCACUCUGUAGGCGACGCCGAGGCGCUGCUGAAUCCUUGGAUGAAAGGAUUUUAAAGGUUAUCUGCACCUUCUGACUGGGAAAAGAUGGUCAACGUCUUGAAAGGAGUGCUUAUAGAAUGUGACCCAGCCAUGAAGCAGUUUCUGCUGUACUUGGAUGAGUCCAAUGCCCUAGGGAAGAAGUUCAUCAUUCAGGACAUAGAUGACACGCACGUCUUCGUAAUAGCAGAGUUGGUUAAUGUCCUCCAGGAGCGAGUAGGUGAAUUGAUGGACCAAAAUGCCUUUUCUCUUACCCAGAAGUGAAAACAGUAGAUAUUGACCACUUAGGAAUUAAAAGUAACGAAUGUGACAGAGUCUCACUGUUCAAUAGCUUAUGUAACUGGUUAGAUUUACAGAAUUGCUUGGAAGCAUGCGACAGGCAAGACUGUGGUAUCAUUUGUUCAUAAAAAAGCCCUGAACUGA